AUGUAUCCCAGGACGGGGGAUAGCCGCGCCACCGGACGAGGUAACUCGUCCGACGUCCGUUCACAUCGCGGUGGUUCAACAGCCGCUCAACCAGAUAGAGCUGGCCACCGCGAGAGUCCUCUAAUGGAGGUGGAGGAGGAGGAAAGACGCUCUCCACACGAUCAUGUGGAUCGGUGUGUUCCCGAGAGCUUCUUUGAUCGCGUAACGCAAGGGUUACGCGACGAUCUCGAACAUGAGCGGAAUAGGCGUCUCCAAAUGGCGGACACUGCCUCGAAGCAUCGAGCUGAGUUUGCCUUUGCUCAGCUUGAGAACGAGAGAUCUCUGACAUCUCUUCGUGACGAGCUAAGGGUAGCUCGUGGGAUUGUUGAUCGGUCUCGGGAUGAGAUAGCUGCUCUUCAGACCCUUGUCGAUGCCCACCAUCGGGAGCACAAGGCUCUCUGCGAGAUGCUAGAGCGCAAGGGCGUUCUUCAUCGGAAGAAGCAGCGUACUGAUGGUACGACUUAA